AGGCACGGCUCUGGCCGACUAAAGAGGCGGUGCUCUCCGCGUGGCCCGGAAGGACUUCCAGCGAAGGCGGUCGAAGGAAGCGGCGAAGAGGCUGAGGCAGUUCGAGGGGGCAGUUGCGUGCAGACCAGACACCCGCGGCCUGGUAAGCUUCCAGACACUGGCUCUCCCGGAUCCGAACCCGCUGAGUCCACCCGGCCCGCCUCUCUCCCUAGCGCUUCCGGGAGCCGUCGCGAGCGAGUGCGCCUGCGCGCCGGCCGCUCCGCGCGCCUCGCGGCUUUCCUCGCGCCGGCCGGCGGACCGACGGUUCCUGCUCUGCUUCCCGCCCGGCGUCUCUGCUCGGCGGCGCGCCGGCGUGCGGCAUGUCACGGCGGCGGCACAGCGACGAGAACGAUGGGGGACAGCCUCACAAAAGGAGAAAGACAUCUGAUGCAAAUGAAACCGAAGAUCAUUUGGAAUCUUUAAUAUGCAAAGUAGGAGAAAAGAGUGCCUGCUCUUUGGAGAGCAACCUAGAAGGCUUGGCUGGUGUUUUAGAAGCUGAUCUUCCUAACUACAAGAGCAAGAUCUUAAGGCUUCUUUGUACAGUUGCACGUCUGUUACCUGAGAAGCUGACAAUUUAUACAACAUUAGUUGGACUGCUGAAUGCCAGAAAUUACAACUUUGGUGGAGAAUUUGUAGAAGCCAUGAUUCGUCAGCUUAAAGAAUCAUUGAAAGCAAACAAUUAUAAUGAAGCUGUAUAUUUGGUCCGUUUUUUAUCUGAUCUUGUAAACUGUCAUGUCAUUGCUGCCCCAUCAAUGGUUGCUAUGUUUGAAAAUUUUGUAAGUGUAACUCAGGAAGAAGAUGUGCCUCAGGUGCGGAGGGAUUGGUAUGUGUAUGCAUUUCUGUCGUCUUUGCCCUGGGUUGGAAAGGAGUUGUAUGAAAAGAAAGAUGCUGAGAUGGACCGCAUCUUUGCCAACACUGAAAGCUAUCUUAAAAGACGCCAAAAGACUCAUGUGCCCAUGCUACAAGUAUGGACUGCUGAGAAACCACAUCCACAGGAAGAGUAUUUAGAUUGCCUGUGGGCCCAGAUUCAGAAAUUGAAAAAGGAUCGCUGGCAGGAGCGGCACAUCCUAAGACCUUAUCUUGCCUUUGACAGUAUCCUGUGUGAAGCACUACAGCACAAUCUGCCUCCUUUCACACCACCUCCUCACACUGAAGAUUCCAUGUACCCGAUGCCAAGGGUCAUCUUCAGAAUGUUUGAUUACACGGAUGAUCCCGAGGGACCUGUAAUGCCAGGGAGUCAUUCAGUGGAAAGAUUUGUAAUAGAAGAGAAUCUUCACUGCAUCAUUAAGUCCCACUGGAAGGAAAGGAAGACUUGUGCUGCACAGCUAGUGAGCUAUCCUGGGAAGAACAAGAUCCCCUUGAACUACCACAUAGUUGAGGUGAUCUUUGCAGAACUCUUUCAACUUCCAGCACCCCCUCACAUUGAUGUGAUGUACACAACACUUCUCAUUGAACUGUGCAAACUUCAGCCUGGCUCUCUACCCCAAGUUCUUGCACAGGCAACUGAAAUGUUAUAUAUGCGUUUGGACACAAUGAAUACUACAUGCGUAGACAGGUUUAUUAAUUGGUUUUCCCAUCAUCUAAGUAACUUCCAGUUCCGUUGGAGCUGGGAAGAUUGGUCAGAUUGUCUUACUCAAGAUCCUGAAAGUCCCAAACCAAAGUUUGUAAGAGAAGUUCUAGAAAAAUGUAUGAGGUUGUCUUACCAUCAGCGGAUAUUAGAUAUUGUCCCUCCUACCUUCUCAGCUCUAUGUCCUGCAAAUCCAACCUGCAUUUACAAGUAUGGAGAUGAAAGUAGCAACUCUCUUCCUGGACAUUCAGUUGCCCUCUGUUUAGCUGUUGCCUUUAAAAGUAAAGCAACGAAUGAUGAAAUCUUCAGCAUUCUGAAAGAUGUACCAAAUCCUAACCAGGAUGAUGAUGACGAUGAAGGGUUCAGUUUUAACCCACUGAAAAUAGAGGUGUUUGUACAGACUCUGCUACACUUAGCAGCCAAGUCGUUCAGCCACUCCUUCAGUGCUCUUGCAAAGUUUCAUGAAGUCUUCAAAACCCUAGCUGAAAGUGAUGAAGGAAAAUUACAUGUUCUAAGAGUCAUGUUUGAGGUCUGGCGGAACCAUCCACAGAUGAUCGCUGUGCUAGUAGAUAAGAUGAUUCGUACACAGAUUGUUGACUGUGCUGCAGUAGCAAACUGGAUCUUCUCUUCAGAACUAUCUCGUGACUUUACUAGAUUGUUUGUUUGGGAAAUCUUGCACUCCACAAUUCGUAAGAUGAACAAACAUGUUCUGAAGAUCCAGAAAGAGCUGGAAGAAGCUAAAGAAAAACUUGCAAGACAGCACAAACGGCGAAGUGAUGAUGACGACAGAAGCAGUGACAGGAAAGAUGGGGCUCUUGAGGAACAAAUAGAAAGACUGCAGGAAAAAGUGGAAUCUGCUCAGAGUGAACAAAAGAAUCUCUUCCUUGUCAUAUUUCAGCGUUUUAUCAUGAUCUUGACCGAGCACUUAGUACGAUGUGAAACUGAUGGGACCAGUGUAUUAACGCCGUGGUAUAAGAACUGUAUAGAGAGGCUCCAGCAGAUCUUCUUACAGCAUCACCAAAUAAUCCAGCAAUACAUGGUCACCCUGGAGAACCUGCUCUUCACUGCUGAAUUAGACCCACAUAUCCUGGCUGUGUUCCAGCAGUUCUGUGCCCUGCAGGCCUAACAGUCAUUUUUCCCCCUUAAUGUCAAGUUUUUUUUUAAAUCUCACAAUAACUUGUCUUAGUUUUGAUGGUUUGAAUGCUUGCUUUCUUGUAGCAUCCUUUCACUUACUAAAGGAAACAGGAGUUGAAGGACAGUGAAAAUGGUGUUACCUUACCUUUAACUGCCCCUAAAAUAACAAUAAUGUGAUGAUGACCAUAGGUGUAUUAUAUAUGUGACAGAUACAACUUUUCUCUGAUAUAUUUUUUCCUUAUGGCACAAAAGAUAACUAAUUUGAGGUAUGCGGAACACUAGGUGUCAAGCUUACAAAGUAGUACAUAGAACUGAUGGGUUUAUUAUUAAGUAGCAUAGCUUCUCACAGCUCAUGGAUAACCUAACAUGGCUGAAAUAAAACUAAAAAUAUGUUUUUUAAA